AUGGCCACCCCAACAAAGCUGAGCCCCACAUCACGGGAGAGUAUGUACUCCCAAGACAUGCAGCUGGAUGAGAAGUCCAUUCCCAGGAAAGUUCAAAGCCUAUGUUCUGUUCGCUAUGGAAUGGCCCUCAUUGUACAUGUCUGCAACUUCAUAUUUGUGGGACAGAAUGCUAUCAUAAACAUCACCAUGGUAGCCAUGGUCAACAGCACAAGCCAUCAGUCCCAGGUCAACGUCUCCACUGAAGGGCUGCCUGUGAACUCAUCUAGUGGCCCAAACAAAGUCCUAAAGAGUUUUUCUGCAGGGGUCUCUGUGUAUAACUGGAGCCCUCAAACCCAAGGCAUCAUCUUUGGUUCCGUCAACUACGGCAUGUUACUGACUAUCGCUCCCAGUGGAUACUUGGCUGGAAGAGUAGGAACAAAACUGGUAGUUGGUGCUGCUUUGUUUGGAUCAUCACUUUUCACUCUUUGUAUUCCUCUGGCAGCUGACCUGGGACUAGUUUUUCUUAUUGUAACUCGAAUAAUCCAGGGCAUAUGCCAGGGAUCAGGAUUGGGGGGUCAAUAUGCACUUUGGGAAAAAUGGAGUCCUCCACAUGAACGAAGCAGACUUUGCAGCAUAGCUUUAUCAGGAAUAAUCCUGGGACACUUCACUGCUGUCCUCCUGGGUGGCCUCAUCAGUCAAAUCCUUGGGUGGCCUUUUGGUUUUUAUAUCUUUGGAGCUAUAGGUUGUGUUUACUCCAUUCUCUGGAUUGUCCUGGUUUAUGAUGACCCCAUUUCUCAUCCACGGAUAAGCAUCUUAGAGAAAGAGUACAUCUUAUCUUCCUUGGCCCAACAGGUCAGCUCUUCUAGGCAGACUCUUCCUCUCAAAGCUAUUGUCAGAUCUCUACCUUUUUGGUCCAUGAGUUUUUGCUGUUUCAGCCAUCAAUGGUUAGUUACUAUAUUGGCAGUAUACACACCGACAUACAUCAGCUCUGUGUUCAAUGUUAACCUCAGAGAUAAUGGAUUCCUAUCUUCCUUUCCUUUUAUUUUUGCCUGGAUCUUUGGUAUCCUAGGAGGCCAGCUGUCAGAUUUUCUUCUAACCAAGAAUUUUAGGCUCAUUACAUUGAGGAAACUUGCCACAACUCUAGGAAAUCUCCCCUCUUCAGUACUCAUUGUUGUCCUGCCCUACUUCAGGUCCAGUUUCAUUACAACAAUAAUCUUUCUGACCCUUGCUUGUGGACUAAGCCCGCUGUGUCAGUCAGGGAUCUAUAUUAAUGCCUUAGAUAUUGCUCCAAGAUAUUCCAGUUUUCUCAUGGGAGUCUCAAGGGAAAUUGCACACACAGCAUUUGUCCUGGUACCCACAGUCAGUGGAUUUCUCCUCAAUCAGGACCCUGAAUUUGGGUGGAGGAACAUCUUCUUCUUGAUGUUUGCCGUUAACAUGUUAGGAUUACUCUUCUACCUCAUAUUUGGAGAAGCAGAUGUCCAGGACUGGGCUAAAGAGAGGAAAACCACUCAUUUGUGA